UUCUUAUGCGAGAUGUGGGGAAAAGUCCGUGUCCCAAUCUUUAAUGGAAACUAAAAAAAGAUUGGUACAACAAGAUAUCGAGGUUUGUUUUCACAGAAUGUUAUGAAUAUUGUCUAGUUUCAUAAACAUAUAUCUUGGUAAGAACUGUUUUAUUUGUUGCAUAGGUAAUGUUGAACCUCCACUUAAAAAGAAGAAUAAAGCUGAUAUAGGCAACGUUGAACUAAGAAGAAGUGAAAGAGGUCAAAUACCAUCCAUUCAUACACAGCCGCCAUUUACGGGAGCAAGGAAGAAACAUCCAAUAGUACAUCCCUUUGAGCCAGUUGAUAAGACCAGAAAGGAAAAAAAUGACAGAAUGGAAAAUGUCAAACAAAAACAAGAAACUGAUAAUCAAUGAAGAGAGAGUAAACGAAAAGUGGUUUUCAGAUCUUGAAACUCCAGGAACAAAUCUUUCGAAAACGCAUAUUGAAGCAGGUUUGCAGUUGCUGGAAUUGAGAAAGAGAAACAAUCCAGAUUUGUUUCUGAACAAAACUGCCUUAGUUGUUGGAGUGAAAUUCCUUGAAGAAAUAGAUGAACUUUAUGUUGAGUUUUUAGAUGACAAGGAAGGUUUCCAGUUUGCAAGUGGCUUUGACAAGUAUAACAUAGAGAAGAAUAUCACUUUCCUCUAUUCGGCUAUUGCAGUUGAAGAAUAUUAUUGGCUUGGAAUUGUGGUCAAUCUGGAGAAAAGAAGCAUCACAGCAUUCAAUAGCGCAUCAGUGAAGUUUACAGAUGCCAACGUGGGGCCAUAUUUGAAUGCUUAUGCGACCGUACUACCUUUCAUGCUUCGCAAUAUCUCCAGAGAUGUUAUAAUGGAUACAAGCAAGUUUUCUAUAAAGAUUGUCUCUGAUUGUUUGCCACAGAUAACUUGAUUUUUAUCAAUCUUUGAAUUUUAAAAUAGAAGAAAAAGUGCAUAGUAUAAGUUAUUUCCUACGUUCUUAAGCCUAAUACUUGUAAAUUUUGAUUUCAGGUUGUUAAAAUAGAGGACAGUGGAAUCUACGCGUUGAAGUUGAUUGAGUGUCAUGCCAUGCGCAUAGUUGACUUCACCAACUGACUGAAGAAAAAGUUGUCUACAUUAGGGAAAAGUUG